GGCCCCGCCCCCCGGCGCGAGUUCCGGUGUCGCGUGGCUAUGGCGGCGGCGCGGCGCGAGGAGCUGAGCCGUAGGAUUAAAGAGCAGAAGGUUGUAGUUGAUGAGCUUUCUAAUUUGAAGAAGAACCGGAAAGUUUAUAGGCAACAACCCAAUAGCAACAUAUUCUUCCUUGCAGACCGAACAGAAACGCUGUCUCAAUGCAAAAAUACAUUAGAUGAAUUAAAGAAGGCAUAUCAGGACAUGGAAAAUUCGCAAAAGACUGAAAUCAAGAAAUAGUCAACCUGAAUUUAGAGUCACUAUGUGUGGUAUUUGUUGUGUUGUUACCUUGUGUAGCCAGCACACUAU